AUGGUGGGCGAUUGGAAUUUGCUUUACCGGAUGAGUCGCAAAGACACCGUCUUGAUGCAUGCCGCUGCCAUCAGCCGCGUGACCUUUGGCGCGGCCUUCCUGGUUGCGUUUGUGAUUGGACUCCUCACCCCUGCGGGCGAAGCCAUCUUGGAACACUGGUUUUGGGGCCGCGCACCGCCGCCACCCCCCGGAACACCAAAGCCACCACCGCCUCCGCAGGAGACUGCCAUUACAUGGAUCAUCCGCUUGGUCUUCUGUGCCUUCAUGGUGAUUGCAUAUUUGGGCUAUACGCCCUUACUGCGCUUGGACUAUCAGUCCCCGGAUCUCGAGGUCCAAGACGCACAAAACAGAGGCAUCUGGAAAUUAAAGGUCGCCCUUGUGGCAGGGGUCUUGGUGCUGGCAGCCGAAGGCUUCAUGUUUUCCAGGGGCCCUGGCUUGUGGAUGCUUGCAGCCCAGCCCUUCUUUGUGCUGGGGACGGCAUACCUCAUGGAGGGCCGGCAGCUGAGUUGCCGACGAUCACUCGCUGCGCUGGGCGCAGUUUUUCCCUUCGUUGUGGUGGGUAGUGGCUUUGCAGCCUGUGGCCCUGCGCUUUGGUCGAUCCUGGCAGGGAGUUGA